AUGACAAAAGACAAUGACAAGCCAUCGGCUAGAACAAGCAAGGACCAAGCCACCGACCGCCUGAACCAGGUCUCAUCUCAUAUAUCCCAACCAGAAAACCAAACAAAAACGCCCAAGGCCAAAUCAAAGUCAAAGGCCACAGACAACCGUCUCCCAGCAGAUCAUUCAGAUGUAUUAGGCCAACUAGCAACGCUCCGUGCAAUAGCCGCAAAGCCAGACCCCAACAACCGAGGCUACAUACGCCAAAAGCAAGCAGGCAAGCUAUGGGUACGGGAACGCAUUGAGAAAAUCCUAGAUCCAAACACCUUCCAAGAAAUUGGGUCCGUGUCCGGCACGGUAACAUGGCAAAAGACGGCGCCGAUGCGCGAAAAGCCCGUCUCCUUCGUGCCCAGCAAUAACGUCCAAGGCGCCGGACUGCUUCGCGGCAGAAAAGUCCUCCUUACAACUGAUGAUUUCAGUAUCCGGUCCGGACAUGCCGACGGUGCGAGUGUAGGUAAGACGGUUUAUGUGGAGAAGCUUGCUAUUGCGCUUCGCUUGCCGGUUGUUAAGCUUGUUGAUGGGAGUUCGGGAGGUGGAAGUGUAACGACGAUUCGAAAGGAGGGGUGGAGCUAUCUUCCCCAUGUUUCGUCGUUUCCCCAUGUUAUCAAGCAGUUGAAUAUGGGGAUUCCGAAUUUGGGGGCUGUUGUUGGGCCUGCGAUUGGACUAGGUGCCGCGAGAGUGGUAUCCUGUCACUUCUCCGUGAUGGCAGCCGACAUUGGAGCACUGUUCAAUGCAGGCCCGAAGGUUGUCGAGGGCGCAACAUUUGAAGAAGGUCUCGACUUCCAAGACCUGGGUGGGCCGAUGGUCCAUUGUAUGAAUGGCACGAUCGAUAACCUCGCCGCCAAUGAGGCAGAGUGCUACGAGCAGCUGCGGAUAGUUCUGGGAUAUCUCCCCAACAGUGGGAGCGAUGCACCUCCCACAGUUUCUUGCACCGAUCCAGAGGACCGCGAGGAUAUUGCAUUGCGGAGUAUCAUCCCUCGACGACAAGCACGGAUGUACAAUGCCCGCUCAAUCAUCACCUCUGUAGUUGAUAAGGACUCCUGGUUUGAGAUUGGAGCGUUAUGGGGUCGCACUGCAAUUGGUGGACUUGCACGUUUGGGCGGCCGUCCUGUUGGCAUUAUCUCGCUUAACUGUGAAGUGAACGGAGGCGCACUGGAUGCCGCUGGUAGUCAGAAGUUAACCAGGCUGCUGAAGUUGUGCGACGUUAUGAACCUGCCUAUUCUGCAGUUCUUGGACGUCCCGGGAUAUGCCAUUGGAACUGUUGCUGAGCGUACGGCGACAAUGCGUUGGGGUGUUGAGCUUGCCAAAGCUUACUUCAGCACUACCGUGCCGGUAUUCAGUGUGAUCACGCGACGUGUGUUUGGUGUGGCGGGUGGUAUUAUGUUGGGUUGCCGCGAUCCAGUCAUGCAGGUUGCUUGGCCCUCUGGACAAUGGGGUUCCCUGCCUCUGGAUGGCGGAAUUGAGGUUGGGCAUCGACAUGAGUUACGCGAAGCUGAGAAGGUUGGGAAGAAGGAGGAGCGAUAUCAAGAGUUGGAAGAGGAGUAUCUACGGCUGAUGAAUCCGGUGCGUACAGCGAAUGCGUUUGGGAUCGAGGAGAUUAUCGACCCGAAGGAUACGCGGAAGGUUUGCUGUUCAUGGGCAUCGUAUGUCUAUGAGGUGCUCCUUAAAGAGAGGUUAGCAGAUAGAGCCUGUGGGAAGCUGCAGCCUUCCUUUGCCUGA